GACCUGGCCUCUAUAUUUAUGGUGCUUGAGGAGGACAUCAUCACUUUUGUGAAGAAUGAGCUGAAAACCUUCAAGAGGUCUCUGAGUCGAGAUUACCCAGAAUACUGCGAGAGGCAGAUGGAAGAUGAGUUUGAGGAUACUGAGGAAGCAGAACAAAGGAGGAGCGACAGAAGAUCACAUUUUCUGCAGAUCACAGUGCACUUCCUGAGGAGAAGGAGUCACGAGGAUCUGGCUGACCGUCUGCAGAGCAAAACUCUCGCUGCAGCGUGCCAACGUAAACUCAGAUCUAACCUGAAGAAGAAGUGUGAGUGUGUGUUUGAGGGGGUUGCUAAAGCAGGAAACCCAACACUUCUGAAUGAGAUCUACACAGAACUGUACAUCACAGAGGGAGGGAGUGGAGAGCUCAAUGAGGAACAUGAGGUCAGACAUAUUGAAACAUCAUUCAGGAGACCAGUGAGACCAGAAACAUCAAUCAAAUGUGAAGACAUCUUUAAACCCUCACCUGGAAGAGAUAAACUAAUCAGAACAGUGAUGACAAAGGGAGUGGCUGGCAUUGGGAAAACAGUCUUGACACAGAAGUUCACUCUGGACUGGGCUGAAGACAAAGCCAAUAAACACAUAGAGUUCACAUUUCCCUUCACUUUCAGAGACCUGAAUCUACUGAAAGGGAAAAAGUUCAGCUUGGUGGAACUUCUUCAUCUCUUCUUCACUGAGACCAAAGAAGCAGAAAUCAGCAGGUUUGACCACUUCCAGGUUGUGAUGAUCUUUGACGGUCUGGAUGAGUGUCGACUUCCUCUGGACUUCCAGAACAACCAGAUCCUGACUGAUGUUACAGAGUCCACCUCAGUGGACGUUCUGCUGACAAACCUCAUCAAGGGGAAACUGCUUCCCUCUGCUCGCCUCUGGAUAACCACACGACCCGCAGCAGCCAAUCAGAUCCCUGCUGAGUGUGUUGGCAUGGUGACAGAGGUGAGAGGCUUCACUGACCCACAGAAAGAGGAAUACUUCAGGAAGAGAUUCAAAGAUAAGGAACAGGCCAGCAGAAUCAUCUCCCACAUCAAGACGUCACGAAGCCUCCACAUCAUGUGCCACAUCCCAGUCUUUUGCUGGAUCACUGCUACAGUCCUGGAGGACGUGUUGAAAACCAGUGAGAGAGGAGACCUGCCCAGGACCCUGACUGAGAUGUACAUCCACUUCCUGGUGGUUCAGUCCAAAGUGCAGAACGUCAAGUAUCAUGAGAAACAUGAGACAGAUCCAGUCUGGACAACAAAGACCAGGAAGAUGAUCCUGUCGCUGGGAAAACUGGCUUUUAAGCAGCUGGAGAAAGGCAACCUGAUCUUCUAUCAAGCAGACCUGGCAGAGUGUGGCCUUGAUAUCAAAGCAGCCUCAGUGUAUUCAGGAGUGUUCACACAGAUCUUUAAAGAGGAGCGUGGGCUGCACCAGGACAAGGUUUUCUGCUUUGUCCAUCUGAGCAUUCAGGAGUUUCUGGCUGCUAUUCAUGUCUUUCAGACCUUCAUCGACUCUGGUGUCAAUCUGCUGUCAGAAGCACAUUCAGUCUCCUCGUGGUCCACAAUAAUUAACAUCAAAUCUAAACUGAAAUAUCUGUAUCAGGGUUCUGUGGACAAGGCCUUACAGAGUCCAAAUGGACACCUGGACUUGUUCCUGCGCUUCCUCCUGGGUCUUACACUGCAGACCAAUCAGACUCUCCUUCGAGGCCUGAUGACACAGAUAGGAAGUAACCCAAAGACCAGUGAGGAAAUAGUGCAGAACAUCAGGGAGAAGAUCAAAGAGACUCCCUCUCCAGAGAGAAUUAUCAACCUGUUCCACUGUCUGAAUGAGCUGGGUGACCAUUCUCUAGUGGAGGAGGUCCAACAGUACCUGAGUUCAGGACGUCUCUCCACAAACAAACUCUCUCCUGCUCAGUGGUCAGCUCUGGUCUUCAUCUUACUGACAUCAGGACAGGAUCUGGACGAGUUUGACCUGAAGAAAUACUCUGCUUCAGAGGAGGCUCUUCUGAGGCUGCUGCCGGUGAUUAAAGCCUCCAGAAAAUCUUUGUAG